AUGCCUAGGAUGGAUUCAUCAUCUUCUUUUACUUACAAGCCGCUCGACCGGCUCAAAUCUGAGAUCCGAGUCGUUCAAAUCUCACCCGAAGAUGGCGACAGUCUCCGGCUCGACACGGUCUGCCUAGACGACAAUCCCACCUUUACCGCCCUGUCAUAUGUAUGGGGCGAUCCCAACAUCAAAGAGGCCAUUUCUUUGCACAAUCGAUCAUUCCCAGUAACUAAGAACCUCGCUGCAGCCUUAAAACACAUCCGUCGCCACUGGGCAUCGAAGCAGUCCCUCUAUCAGGUUCAAAGCCUAUGGGUUGAUGCAGUGUGUAUCAACCAACAAGACCCUGAUGAACGGACCCAGCAGGUCCAGCUCAUGAGCCGCGUCUUCAAAAGCGCGGCUGUUGUCCUCGCGUGGCUCGGACCAGGGGAUCAUUCGCUUGCUUACUCUACAAUAACGCUGCUUGCCAGAGAGAUGUAUGAUGAUACGGCGCGAAGGUUGAAUGAAGAAAAGCUUGCUCGGCUGGAUUGGCUGCAGAGAUAUCCCUCUCUUUGUUCCGACGACGGCCGUAGGCAAUCGGGAUCGGGUAUCCGAAACCUUGCUUGGUCCUCUGUGGAUUCCUUUAUGAGAGAUCCUUACUGGACUCGCGUGUGGAUCUUUCAAGAGGUUGUAUUGGCCCGUAAACUGGUCUUCAUCAGCAAUGGCUUGGCAUCGAUUGGUUGGCCGACGCUCUUAAUCUUUCAGCGGGGGUAUGAACUGACGUGGAAAAAUAUUGACAAAUUGUCCCUACGAAGACCAAACUACUUGUCUCCAAGUGUGUGGUCGGCAUUAACGACUAAUUUAGCGAGCGUCAGUAUCAUACGACAGCCAUGCUUCGCAAGGGUGAUUGUCAAAAAUGGGUUGAGAAUAACUCCAACUUGGGACUAUAGCUGGGUCAUGUCAGGUUUUGCAAGUGGUCUCAAGGCUACAGAUCCAAGGGAUUACAUCUACGGACUUCUCGCUAUUACUGAGAUCCCCAUUGUCCCAGACUACAACAAGACGGUGUCGGACGUCUACAUCGAGUACACGGCAGCCUGGGUCGACACUUGCCGUGAUGUGAGAAUCGAGAAAUAUAUUACCCCCCUUAAGUUUCUAUCUGGUGCCGGAAUUGGCAUCUACGGGUCUGAAGCCGACUUUCUCAGUUGGGCGCCUAACUUCCCGGGCGAUGGGAAGCUUCAUCUCUCGAGAUUAAGGAUGGGAACUGGGCGUACGGAUAAAGAGGUAUUCGGAGACGACUCAAGCAAGCUCCCGUUUGUCGUCGCCAAGACAAAGAGCCUGUUUGCCUGGGGCAUUGAGAUUGACACGGUUCGUUCCGUUGCUCAGGGUCCUGUGUAUAGUUCCAAGAACGAUGUGGAUUUGCUGGAAAGUGCCAUAAUCGCCCUGUCGCAAGGCGAGCGGUAUAAAACUGGUUCAGCAGCCCUCAAUGCUUUCUUCCGGUUGUUGCACAGAGAUCAGUCAAGAACCGUCAGCAGAUCAACGGUUAUCCGCGACCUCUCUCUCUUUUAUCACAUGGCCAAGCCCUUGGAUCGGUUAGAGCCUCAGCAACGAGACCAAAUGCUGCGCACUCUGGGAUUUUCUAGAGACCCGGUCGAGUUUGAGGCCCGAUUCCGCAAGUGCUUUGCUCCCGGCGCAGACUUUCGACAGCUGGGGUUUGACAGAAAUUUGAGGGACAUUAUGAUGGAGGAGUCUGAAGGGAUGGUCAGCGAAUCUCGGCAGAGAAUAAGAUUGGAGCUGCUCUGGCUGGAGGAUAUUUGGAGCUUGAUUAGCACUACGAGCGGUUAUUUAGGGCUUGCACCACUUGGAACUGCAGUCGGCGAUAGGAUUUGCGUGCUGAAAGGCUCUGAUGUCCCUGUCCUUCUACGGAGGACAGAUCUGGGCUCGUAUACUGUCGUGGGGACUGGCUUUGUGGAGGGACUGAUGGAUGGAGAGGCGGCAGAGCUUGAGCAAGCUAAAAAAGGCAUGGGUCAGUGGUUUCAGAUGCAAUAG